UGUUCUGGAAUAUUUUUCUCAAAUGAGAAUUAGAAAACAGUGAAAAACCCUCAAACUAGAAGUCACAGUAAAACCUGUUAUAGCUGUUGUCUAUAAUUGGUAAUUCACAUUCACAAUCUCUACUGUUUCCUGCUAAUGUAUACUAUAAUAGGGUUCUAUUCAUAUAGGUUUCUGAGUCGGCUGUGAUGCAGGUUGACGUAGGCAAGAGGCCAGUGACUGGCCUUCGCUUGUACUUGGAAGGGAGGAGAAGCAACAGCUUAGCAAUUCAUCUGCAACAUCUGUCUUCUCUUCCUCGAAUCUUUGAGCUCCAGGAUGACCCCACCAACAGCUCCUCUCAUGAAUCACAUGAUCGCAAAUACUACGAACCUCUUCAAUGGAGACACUUUUCCCACAUCUGCACUGCCCCUGUUGAAUCUAGUGAUUUCUCAAUCGUCACUGGGGAUCAGUUGCAUGUAGCGCACCAUGGCCUCAAGAAAGUCCUUUUCCUUCGCCUACACUUCUCAACUGUUACUAAUGCUACGCUGGUCAAGAAUCCAGAGUGGGGGGGAUCUCCUGGCUUGGCUCAAAAAUCUGGCCUCAUCUCAACACUGAUCAGCACCCACUUUACUGCUGCCUUCCAAAAGCAGCCACCUCGGCCUGCAGACGUGAACAUCAACUCAGCAGUAUAUCCUGGUGGACCUCCAGUUCCAAUACAGACUCCGAAGCUUCUUAAAUUAGUUGAUACAACUGAGAUGGUGCGGGGUCCGCAGGAUAUGCCUGGUUACUGGGUGGUCUCUGGAGCAAAACUGCACGUGGAGAGGGGUAAGAUCUCUCUGCAUGUUAGGUACUCACUUUUGACAGUUUGUUUGCCUGAUGAUGAAGUGUUUAUGGAAUAGAAGGUUAAAAAGAGAAGUUGGAAGUGGAGUGAAUGGAAAAUUUGGUGUCAGAUGUAAGUAUUCUCUGUAUGCGCGGUAAAACAGAAAGUCUUAAGAAAAGAUUACUGGAAAUGGUUGAGGGGGAAUGAUGGAGUCUCUAGGGUUGUUAUGAUGUAUAGGGUCGGUAUGAUUUACCAAUUACCACAGUUUCCGAUUUUUUCUCAUGAUAUACAUCCAUGUUCAUUGGGUGGUUGCCUGUACUUGGGUUAUAUCUUUCGAUGCAGUAUUGCAUCUGUUGUUAUUUCUCUUAACAUCUUGUAAAUUGUUUAGCAUUUCUUGGGGAAAAAAAACAAACAUAUAAUCUUUGGUAAGCAAAUGAGAUUUUUUUUCUUA